AUGGCCAAUCACGCGCCAUCAACCAAGCCUCUUGUUGUGGCUUUAGGGGAUCCAAAAUAUGUCGGGGAUGACUUUCUACAAGAUUUCAAGCGAGAAUUCGAUUUCAAGGUCCUUCCGGCAACGAAUCGCGAGGAAACCCAAGAUCUUCUCCCAAAAUUUAUAGCGAGCUCACGACCAAUCGAUGCUUUUAUCAUUCGUAUGGGAACGAUCCCAUAUGAGCCAUUCGACGAGGAUCUCCUGGGCAGCUUGUUGCCUCACUGCAAGAUUAUCACUUCCGCUUCCGCCGGGUUCAACGAGUUUGACGUCGAUUGGAUGACGCGCAAUAACGUCUGGUUUUGCAACACCCGGGACGCAGUCGCUGAAGCAACCGCAGACAUGGCCAUGUUUUUGAUCCUGGCCGUCCUGAGAGAUACUACCAGAGCCGAAAAGAGUGCCAGAACUGGCAACUGGAAGCAAGGCCUUGUCCCCUGUCGAGAUCCAACAGGGCUGACACUCGGAAUUGUGGGAAUGGGGGCAAUUGGGAAGUAUACCGCAAAAAAAGCAUCUGUUUUCAACCUCAAAAUCAAGUACUACAACCGCAACCGACUCCCUCCGGACGUGGAACAAGCGUACAACGUGGAAUAUUGCUCAUCCCUUCACCUCCUCCUUGGAGACUCCGACAUUGUCUCCAUCUCCUGUCCGCUCAACAAGUCGACCACGAAUCUCAUCUCCUAUGCCGAAUUUGCCGCCAUGAAACCAGGGUCCUUCUUCGUCAAUACCGCUCGCGGCGCUAUCGUGGACGAGCAGGCAUUAAUCCAAGCUCUGGAAUCAGGGAAGGUAACGCGUGCUGGCCUCGACGUGUUCUGCGACGAACCCAACAUCAACCCGUAUUUCCUGGCUAGCGACAAAGUAGUUGUCCAGCCGCACAUGGGAGGGCUCACGGAUGUGGCAUUCGGAAAGUCCGAGAGGGAGUGCUUUGAGAAUGUUCGGAGUCUGUUCCGGACAGGGAGGCCUGUUGCGCCUGUCAAUGAGGUGGCGACGAAGUAG